CCCCAAACCGCCACGAUUCCCUCCCCGCACUCUCUCGCUGCGAUUCUUUCGCCCUCUUCUCCACCACCACCACCACCACCUCCUCCUGAAGAUCCAUCCGCCGGUGGUUCGCGCGCCUCGACUCCCAAGCGCACGCACGCAGAAGCUUUCGCGGCCGUCGAACAUCAGCACCAGCAGCAGCAGCAGCCGUAUCUCCACCUUGCCUCACCGACCCAGCAUCGAGCAAGCAUCGUUUCCACCACCGGGGAACCGAGCCCCGAGACGCGGGGGGCGGAUGACGGGAGUGGAGGCGUCAUGAGAGGAGGGCAGGAGGAGAAGAAACCGCAGAAGAUGAUAAUAUUCAGAUCGGCUAAUAACUCUUCAGGUGUCAAUAAUGGCAUUCAUUCCGUCUGCAAAGCUUGCUCCCAGAGCAACAGAGAGUGUACAUACCCGGUUGCAGGAACGACACCAGCACCAAAACGGUCUGAAGCUCCCGUGGGCAUCACAAUCGAAAGCGAUACUGGAGAGAGCAAGAAGCGAAUCAGGAAGAUUGAGGAUACGGGACGGAGAAACAGCCAAAAGCCAGGAGAAGAUGUUCUGGAAUCGCCAAUUCUCACGAAAAAAGUCUGGGACGAGCUGUACGAGAUCUUCAAGUUACACUAUUCUACGGAAAUGCCAUUCCUCCACCCACCGACCUUUAGGAACCGAAUGCGGCAAGCAGCGUUUCCUCGAGACCCAGCAACUACUCCAAGAGAUAUAGAGGAAGGAAGGGUCCUGCUCCUUGGUGUAUUAACCUUAACUGCUCGCUUCCACCCCGGCUUGAUUGCUCAUCACUCACAAAACCAGGAUGACCCUAUUGCUGCUAGUGAAUACUAUGCCACUGCUCUAGCAGCAGCAUUUGGACCAACAAUUCGCAAUAUCUCAAACGCUUCAUUGGAAAACAUUCAAGCAUUGCUAAUGCUUGGUCUUUAUGAAUGGGGCCAAACCAGGGGCAUGAGCUCUUGGCUAUACGUUGGUCUUGCUAUUCGGCUGGCAUUCCCAAUGGGAUUAGCUUUCGAAGAUGAUCCUGACAAGCUUCUGUCACAGGAUUCAAGAAGCAACAGAAGGAUCAUUCGGAAUGAUUCGGCAAUCCCACGUGAAGAUGCAAUUGAGAAGGAAGUUCGAAGGCGUACUCUGUGGAGUUGUUUCAUCAUGGACCGGAUGCUCAGUGCUGGAAAGGAGAGACCAACCAUGAUCAAUGUUGAUAUGUUGCGUGUUCAACUGCCUUGUUCGGACGAUCAAUUCUUAUUCGUCCACAAUGUCAAGACUGGCUUUCUCAACUCAAAAUGGUUGGAUGGUACUGAAGUACAGCAUGAGCUUACAUCUGUCAAUGAUGAUGGAGUCUUGAGCCGCUACAUUCGAUUAGUGGACAUCUUUGGACGACUGUCUGAAUGGAGUUAUGCUGGUGGCCGAAGAACAGAGAAACAUCCUCCCUGGGACCCGUCCACAAAGUUCUUCCAGCUACGAACACAAUUGGACGAAUUUCAUGACGCCUUACCAUCAAGUCUGACCUUUACAGAAGCCAAUCUCUCUGCCCACAUCGAAAAGCGCAACGCAACUACUUACGCUUCUAUGCAUACGCUCUACUCACUCUGCCUCAUCGUGCUUCAUCGAGAAUACAUUCCGUUCAUCCCACUUCGAUGUUCAGCACCUUCUGGGCCUUUGGACUCGCCAACCUUCCCACCAGAAAAAUACGACAUUCCUCCAGGGUUUUGGGAGGAGAGUGCGGAAAAGAUCAUGUUGGCAUCUCGUGAUAUCAUACAGAUUGUGAGGACUUGUCAGGAUAAUAAUGCCCUUCCCGAGUCCCCGCAAAUUGGUUUCGCAGUCUGGCAGGCCGCUUUCGUUUGCUUGUAUGCGGCAUGGUUUCCACAAAUGGACCCGAGCGGCCAUGUCGUCGGUCGUAAUCCAAGUCACCCUCCAGAUAAGAGUGCAGGUUAUCCAGGACUUACGAGGAGGAUUCUGAGCGAGAUGGUACCGAGAUUGAAAAUGGUCAAGGUGUACUUGAAGUCGAUUGGGAAGAUGCACGACUACUUCCAUAAGGUUACCCACGAAUACUACAAUGUAUACAACAAGCGAAACAAGCUCCGAGGUGGUGGAUUGGAGGACUACAAAAGCUAUGAGAAAGAAUUGAAGGAAUUUGGAGAAUUGAAAGAUGCAAGCGAAGUUGCUCUGUCCGAAGGUUCUGACGCCGCUGAUCAAGUUCGUUCUCGAGCAAGCACCAAUGAUAUCCCUGGAAGUAGUAACGGAGAACCAAUGCAAGGCAUCGAAUCGGCGACUCAGAGACCUAACCCUUCAUGGGCCGCAGUCAAUGGCGCUGUGGCACCUGCUGCUGCCAAUGCCUCCAGUCCUUCCGUCGAUGACUCCAAGCCUUACACAACACAAUACCCCUAUGGACCCGGGCCUGGCUACCAUCCAUCACCUAAUCUAUCUUCCAACGCACCCAGCCUCAUAAGUGCCAGCAACGGCGACUCGACCUCCAGUCUCAAUUCUCCCUACGUCAACAACCAAAUGCCAUACUCAGUCACUCAGCCGCAACACGCAGCUGCCUACCCAUCUGUUGCCCAACACACCAUGGGUCCACCU